AAAAUGGCUCGAUCACAGGAUAACUUUCGCAAAGUCUGAUGUACACGUGGCGCUUGAACCGUUCCUUUCAGCUCAUAUAUAUAGUGCCGUGACAUUGGCAGGCUGCUUCAUAAAUCCAAUGGAUUCGGGAGAGUCGGAUAAGAAACGGAUGCAAGGUGAGGAUAGCGAUAGCGAUAGCGAUCUCGGUCCCUGUGACGGAAUUGAUGAACGUUCCUUACCCGACGAAGAACGCGCCCUCUACAGGUCUGCAGUUGCCAAGAGCGAGGGCUUCGAUGUUCCCGAAAUCAUCGCCGGCUACCUUUUCAAUUUGAUUCAACCACGCGACCUCAACACCUACUACCAUGCGUUCCUCAUCUACAAAGAACGUACGCAGCUUGCAAUCGACGAAUACAACCGUCGCUUCGCGGAGACAAAUGCAAAGCUGGAGCUUGUUAAGGUUUCAAAAGUGAUGGCUCACCUUUACGAUAACAUUAGGUAUUAUAUAACCUUCGAGGCCAGGGACUUAGCCGAUGGAGGCAAGACUAAGACCUACCAAGCUGUUGUGCGAGAUGCUAUACCUGAAAUUUCAGUGCUGUCUUUCAGGCUAAAACCUGCUGAGUAUGAGCAAGGAAACCAUGGGAAAGAAUGGAUUUGGGAAGGCCAUCUCGUCAAUGGUCAUUUACUUCCUGGAGGUUGAGAAGAUAUUCGGAGGUGACAUGCUUGGAUUGGAGUUUAAGGAGGUUGUCCUCAAUGGAAGAAUAUUACUUUGUUUUUAUUUGGUUUUUGUGAUAUUUCAACUUUCCUUGAUUUACUUAGAAUUUUGUUUUCAAAAUUGUUUUAAAUUUACCCAUGGAUGGCUGCAAUGUUUUCAUUUA